ACAGACAGGAAAACAGAGAGAGAGAGAGAGAGAGAGAGCAGAAGGAGAGGCAGGCUCAGCAAGCGUCCGGCAUAUCUUGGAGGAUUUUAGUCUCAUAAUUUAGUAAAAAAGUGGAUACAAGUUUUGACUUGACAUUAGCUCUGACUCAGGUAAGCCUUUUUAUUGUUAAAUUUAACUUUAAUUUGAGAAACAUAAAGCCGGUUUCAGUAUUUUGUUUGUAUUGCUAAGAGCUACUCCUGAUAUGUAGUUAGUAUGGAUUUGAUUUCACUUCUUGUGAUCUGAAAGUGGUCCAUGUAACUUUUGGGCUCUAAAAUGCUCCUUUAUAUGAGUCUUGUACUCAGGCCAAGCCAGAGGAUGUGAAUCUUAAAACUGCUUCUCCUUCAUUUAUUUUAAAGGUUUCAGUCAGAUUGUCAUUUCUUUCAGGUUUGACAUCCUCCUUUUCCAGGCAGUGUAACCACAGUCAUCAUGACUAACAAUCGGGUAAGUUCAGUUUCACCGAAGAAAGUGACUUUUUCAUGUUUUUGAAACACUUUUUUUUUUUUUUUGUAGAUUUUUACCUCAAACAUUAAAACUGUAGAUGACACUUUGUAAAUCCCAAUGAGUGCAUUAGACAAUCCUUUUGAGUGGUUAUGAACAUUAAUAACAUUGUUAAUAGUGUUAAAAGCAGUGAAAAUAAUGCCUUUGAGAGUAUAAAUGACAACGCUUCAUAUCUGAUUGCAAAAUAAAGAACAGUGUCUUUUGAAUUCUGGGUUUUAUAACACUUUAUAACUCCAGUUACUUUAUCCGGUUAUGAAGAUCAGCGAGAACUCACUCAGUUAAACUGUCUAUGGUUCUCACAUGGAAAAACGUGUUAUUCAUACUUACAACAGGCUCUAGCAUGAUGUUGAGCUCUUUAAAGUGAAAUAUUAACUCAAAUACACAAUAAAGAAAUCAACGCAGCGUUUUAAGACAGUGGAGCUAGCUGGAUAAAACACUUGUAAGGUAAAUUAUAAAAUCACUCCUAACUUUGUACAUUUGCCAUGGUGACAUAUAGCUGUAACAGUCUUCAAAGGUACACCUGGAUCAGCUGAAACGAUGACAGAAAAAUAAAUAAAUAACCAAAUUAAUGAAUAAUUAAGCUGUCAAAGGCCUCAAGUCUUAGCUACACUUUAUAAACGUUGGAAAAAAAAAAAGUAUUUCCAAUAAAAGGCUGUUCAAAAGAUUGCAUAUUAUGUUGAAAUAAAACAGAUGUUUUAAAUACAAAAUGGUCUUACGGAGUUGUUUGGUUUAAACUCUGAAUGAGUUAUGUCUUUUACAACUUGAUAAAGCUGAGGAAGUUAUAAUGUGUUUUAAAACCCAGAAUUCAAAAGACGCUUUUGUUAGUCUUGCAUUAAGGUAUAAUGUUUUUUAAACCAUACUUUUAUUAAACAUGAUAUUCACAGCUUAUAACACUUCGUAAAUAUUUCUAUAAGCAGUUAUGAAUGCUUAAAAUCACUUAAAAAAAUUAUUUAAAAGCCUUUUGAAUAGGGCUUUAUAAAAGUAUUAGCUUCAUAUACAGAGUUGGCAAACUAUUGUUUUUGUGGUAAAGGAAGUUUGUUACCAUCUUUUUCCUUUUAAAAAAUGUUCAUAUUUGCAACUAUUUUUUGCACCUUCAGGCUCAUAUCCCCACCUAUGACAACAUCGGGUUUCAGCACGAGGAAGUGAGACCCCCUCCAUACAACCAGCAGCAAGGUAUUUACCCUACCAUGCCACAGGGGACCCCAUCCUAUGUCGCUGUUACUCCAAGUCCCGUCAUCAACACACACCAGACUGUCACACCUGCAAUACCUGCAACACCGCAGCACACAGGACAAAGGAAAGGUAGAGAAAUGUUUGAUUUGACCAGCCUUUUGUGGAGUGAUUUUGAGAAAAAUGUGGGUAAAUACUGAUUUGGAGACAAAAAAGAGAAAUAACCGCUGACAUAAAGGAGUGGAUAUUUCAGUGGAUCUUUACCUACCUAUCUGCAGUAUCCGCAAAGGCUAAUAUUUGCAUGUUACUCAGAUAUGAAUCUUUGUCCAUUUGCAUUUGAUUUUGUUAUGUAAAAAAAUAACUCUAAAUAGCUUCAUCCGUGACUCUUUUGUGUCUCACCGUGCAGAUAAAAAGAAAUGUCACUGGAAAUACAUGCUGUGUGCGACUCUGUGUGUACUGCUCAUCCUGGGAGUGGCCGCCCUCUUGCUCUGGUACUUCUGUAAGUUAAUGUGGAGAACUUAAAACCCUCAUGAGGAGUUUUUCAGCAGCUGUGAAACAGCGAGGUUAAUAAUGAAGCCUCCUUAUGAGCUGUAGCAGCAAAAAAGGACCACCACCAAGUCCGACUUUUGUUGUAUGGUAAAACUUUAUUCCUUAGGAAGGCUGGGGGGCUCUGUAAAAUGUUGAAAAUUUAAUAGUUUGCAAACUAUUUGAACCCAAUAUUUAAAGUAAAAAAUGGCAAGGAAAAGAUGUUAAGUAACAAAACAAGAAGAAGUUUGAAUAUGAUGGUGGCAACACAUUUUUCAAAAGUUGGGACUGGGGCAUACUGAUCACUAUGUUUCAUUAUCAGCGCUUCUUUUACCAUCACUCUGUAAAUGUUUUGGAGUCAAGAAGACCAGUUCCUGGAGUUUUGACAGUGAACUGUGGUCCUAGUCUUGUCUGAUAUAGGGUAUCAUAUGCUCAACUGUUCAGGUUGUCUUUCUCAUACUUUUUGGGUGGUCGUACACCAAAUGUUUACAGUAAGUCAGGACAGCGGGCAGUCCAGUUUAGCACCUGGACUCUUUUACAACUGAGCCAUGCUGCUGUAAUAAACGCAGGAUGUGGGAUUUGUUCCUCAAGAGAUUUUUUUUUUUUUAAACAUCAGGAAAAAUUUAUUUUGUUGUCCUCCUCCCAACUUUUUUUUGUGUGUGUUGUUGGAUUAAGACUAAAAUGACUAUAUUUUUCACAAAAAGGAAACAAAAAUUUUUUUCAACAUUUGAUAAGCUGUCUUUGUACUAUUUUAAAUUACAUAUUGAAGUUCAAUGAUUCACUAACUAUCAAAAUCUGUUGUCAAAAUUUUUAUACAGUUUAUCAUGAUUUUUGUAUUGGGGUUAUAGUUUAAUGUCUAAAACUGCUACACAGGUGUUGAGCUAGACAAAUGACGGCACACUCAAGAUACAGCCUUUUUCUACCAGCAAAUGCUACAUGGUUGAGAUAUUAUUUUCUUGACAUUCACAUAAUAAGAUCAGCUGAGCUACAUACCAAUAUUUUGACACUAGGGGACUGAGAUCAACAACAGCUAAAAGUUUCUCACAGUGGCUUAAAAAUUUCUUCUCACCUUUAUUAGUUUGUACUUUUUGGCUCAAUCUAAUGAUGUCUCUGCAGAUUCCUCUGAAUGUUUGAUACAUGAUUUUUAUUUAUGUGAAUGAUUUUCAGUAUAUUACCAGUGUUUGCUGGGGAGAUCGUGCAGGACUGGAGGGAAGUGUCUCAGCCUGUCUCAGUGGUGUGACGGCGUUCAAGACUGUCCUCAUGGAGAAGAUGAAGCUCGAUGCUGUAAGACAUUUCUUAAUUUCUAAACAUCAAUUAACAACGUACUGUUUGUGGCUCAAUACUUUCAACCUUUCUUCCAGUUCGUCUUCAUGGGACAAACUUCAUGCUGGAAAGUUUCUCCUCAGACAGUCAAAAGUGGAUGCCGGUGUGUGCUGAAAACUGGAACAAUAACUAUGGGCAGGCUGUGUGUGAACACAUGGGAUACAACAGGUGAUGACUGUCUUCUUACCAUCAUGAUUAUUUGGGUCCAAACUAAGAGAAGAAGCAGUCACAGUACAUGUAAAUGAAUUUUAUAUGAUCUAAAAUGAAGUCAGUAAAGAAAAGAAGGAAAUGAUGACUAAAAAAGGGUCACGGAGGAGGUUAUCCAGUCUAACACUUUGAAAUGUUACAACUUCAUUUAGCUUCAAGUGAUUUACAUCUGAGAGCAGGUGGUAUAAGUAAAGAUCUACACAGCAUCGACCAUAUCUGAGCUGUUAAAUGAUUCAUUCAAAAACAAAAUGCAUGUUGGUGUAUUUAAUCUACAGAUAAAAAUGUUCAUCAUAAUAAAUCCACUCUUUUUUAUUGUGUCCACCUUACAGGCAGCAGUAUGUUUCCUUCUCUGAAACCAGUGCAGGACCUUCAGCCGCUGAUGGAUACAUGAAGCUGAAGUCUGGGAGUUCACACAGCUCACUCCUCACGUCACAGCUCACCCACAGGUAACAUUAUAGGAUGUGAUUAACCACUGCAAUUUGGGAUAAAACCUAUAAUGUUCACGAGCUCAUAUGUGUUAUAAAUAGACAAAUUUUCAAGUUUUUCCUGGAGCAGCACCUGUUACUGUCUGCAGCUCAGCCAGUCUAACAAAGCACCUGUGUUGGACUCUUCUUUUAAAAUCAAUAUAAAUCAAUGGAGUGCUAAUCUUUUUCAUCACAGGGUCUUUAACCAAUCUGUCCUCACUUUUCUGACCUUUCUCAGCAUUCAUGCAUAGCUAACAUAGCUGUUCCCUUUCCCCCCCUUUAACCAAAUAGUUCUAUCACAGGUCUCUCACACAGAAUAACAGUAUUUGUGUUCAGUGUGAAACCAAAAGUCAACAGAGACUGAAUAUUUUCCCUCAAUCCAUGUUUUUUUUUUUUUUUUUUUGAGUCAUGGAGUUUCAGUCGUGACUUUAUUUAAGGCUACCUGUGAAACUAUUACUGAUAUAUUCCUGCUGAGCAAAACAUGGAUUUAACUCACCAAAACAACAUGUAAGGCCCCUCAGGUUUGGAUAAUAUGGUUCAAUAAAAAUCAAUAAAAUAAAAAAAAAAGGUCAAGACACAGCACAACAAGAUAAGAUAAGAUUAGAUACUAUUAGCUAAGAUAUGAUAAAAACUAACAUGAUAUGAUAGAAUACACUCAUACUACACAUUAUGAAACAAUACAACACAGUAAAAAACUGACAUGGUACAAUACAAUACAACACAAUAUGAUAUAAUACAAAACAGUAAAAAAAAAAAACACACAAUAUAAUCUGAAACUAAAUGAUUUGAUCCGAUAAAUGAAUGACAGGACUUCGUAAAAUAAGAUGAGAAACAGAGCGAUACAGUAUGAUGUACUUGCACAUAUUUUUGCUCCCAAAUGUACGUCACUUUGGACUUAAGUGUCUGCUAAAUAAAAUCUUUACAAUGCAAUUAAAAUGAUUUUUAUAACUGUUUGAAGCAGGAGCUUGGGAUAUUGAAAUAUACAUUCUUUUGUUUCCUGUAGUAUCCUGUAUGUAUUUUAAACAGUGCUAAAUGAGCUGUAUUUAUCAGUAGAGCUCUAUCAUUAAGGAACUUCUUAAGGGUAUAUUCAGUAGUGCAAGAAAAGGGGCAUCUUAAUGGAAAAGUGCUAAAAAAAAACAAAAAAAAAUACCGAGUAGAGUUCACACUUAGAGUGAGAUAAGUUCUUGGGUUGAGGUUUCUCAAAAUCAGCUGAACAACUUGGCAGUGUUGACCCUAUCAGCAAUGUGGCCUAGUUAGCCUGCUGGUUCUCCUGGCAUUUUCCUAUUGAAGAGGCUAAGCUGACCAGCAUUCAGUGUGCUCAAUACACUUAUUAGUAACAUGUAACCUAUAAGAACCCAUUUUAAAACGCAGGGCUCUCAAGUCUCACGCAUUCAGCGUGUGCCACACGCAUUCCCACCCGUUCACACGCCACACAUUGUAUUUCUCACGCAUUUAAAUGACCAUGGUGAUGUCCACAAGGUGCACCUCUUUAACUAUGGAACAGGUAGAAAUCAACUGAGUUCCUCCGAGAGUUCAGAAGCUGCGUGCCACGCGGCAGCCAAUCAAAUAAAGUAUAUCUACUGAAAAGCCAAUAAAAAAGCAGCAUUGCUGUAUCCGGGUAGAGUUUGAUAUCUUGCGGUAUGAGUACAGAAGAAGACAGACACUCGCCGUAAUAGAGCAGGUUUUUAUAAGGACGAGAUAGACCCGAUGAUUACAGUAAGUCAGUAACCUACACAUGCAGAGACCUCAACACCUCAUGGCAUAUAAACUCAUACGAUAAACUAAAGCCCUAUGCUAUUGCUAUUAACAGCUGUAUUGACGGAUUUAGCCUCUGUACAGCCAUUUCCGGCCAUUUCCCCCUCCACAAAAGCAGCAUUUCUCAUAUAUCUCGAAUAUAAGUUCUGAUACUCAUGACAGUGUAAUGCUCAUGUACCAAAGGAUUAAGUAUCUCCAUGUUUGUGAAACCUAUACUUAAGUACAAUUCCUCUAAAUGCUCCACAGUGCUGAUUUUCACAACUCUCCUUCACAACAGGUAACUUUACGACUUAAUACUUAUAUAUUAAUGACUUUAUUCUCCCAAAUAAUAACUUUAUUCUUUAAGAUUUAAAAACGUUUUUUUUUCUAAUUGUGCCCCUUACACCCCGUUGUAUUUAAGAGAUAAUUAUACUAAUAAUUAUCUUCAAUCAACCCCCCCCAAGGAAAUCUCACUCUAAGCUUAGUUCAAAACUUGAGAGCCCUGAAAACGUCUUGAAAUAUCCCUUUAAAGGAGACUUAUUGCCACCUUGCAUUUUGUCACUUUGGGACACCUAGAGUAGCUUUGCACAAUUAGCAGCUCAGAAAACUAAUUUAUCUCUCUUUAAAGUUUGACAUAGCUUGUGGAUGUUACUUUUUACACAGUUAUGUUGUCUGAAAAAAUGGUCUGAUAGUUACUCCUUUACAGAAAACAUCUGGGAUAAGCCUUUAGCAUCUAGUCAUCCAUGUAGCCAUGUUAGCAUAUGUUAGCUGUUGUAACAUUUGCUGCUGUCCUAAUGAUUCUCAAAGUGUAAUGUCCUGAACCUUCAUAUGAAACCCGUUAAAAGGCAGUACAUAACAGCUAAUGUUUAUCCUGCUGCAUGUCUUAUUUUGAGCCUGUUAUCACUCCUGGAAUUUUUAAAUAGCUAAGGGAGCGAUAAGAAUGAAUGUAUUGUUGUGUGUCACGUUCAUGUAGCGCAUGUGCUACAUGCUGUUAGACCCAAAUGCUCCUGCAGCAGAUUUCAGGCUGCAGGAACAGUAUACCUAGAUUUCUUCUACACUUUUAAGACACACCAUGAGGACAGGCAGUUAAAAUAAGUUUUGUAACAGUAGUUGUAUGAUAUAAUAACUUGCACAAGUAAGAAGGGAGCAAGUUACAAUUUGCCUUUCAAAUUAAGAGAGGCAACUGAUGUAAUCUUAAUGUAAACAAAGUAGUCCAGCCAACUCAAAUCUACAGGGAGCUGCAGUGAUGACAUUCAAACCUGUGCAGUACACGCAGGUUUUUGUUGUAGUUUCUUUGGUUUUUGCAGCAAAAUAAAAACCUGAUUUAUAUCCGAAAAAUAAGUCCAGUUGCAAUCUCAGCUUCUUAAAAUGAUGCUGAAUAUAAAGCUCAAAGCAGGGAGACACAAAGUAAACCAAAUAUUCUCGUAUGUGAAUGAAAAUAGGUUCAUGGCAUACUUAAAGACAAGAUCAGAAAAACUUUUUUGAUCCUCAAAAGGAAAUUCAAUAAAAGCACAUGUAAGGUUUUUUUUUUUUUUUUUUUUGUACAUGAAUGAAAAAGACUGAAGUUCAUUUUUUUGCAUUUUUAUGACACACAAAAAGCAAAAAAGAACAUCAGAAACAAGAUAGAUUUUUUUGUUUUGAGAUGUUUAAUAACUGAAUACCUUUACCUGUGUGAGAUGGUAGGUGUCAGCUAAGCAGCUGGAGAAACACAUGGAAUAUUCAUAACAACAAAAAAAAAGGAAACUGUCAGAAAAAGUCAAGAUAAAAAGACUUCUUGUCAUAAGAUGCCUUUGAAGCAUAAGACAAACAAAGUCUGCUUUUCCUCUUAUUGGAGCUUUAAGUUAAAAGGUUUUCUAUUUAACAGCACCUCGGGUUGUCUUUUGCUUUAUUGCUUUAUGUAGAUUCUGCAUGAUCCCACCAUGUCAUACUAAUGACAGGGUUAAGUUUGAGCACUGACUCAAACCUCAUCUCUGUAUUAUAAGUUUAUACAGUUCAGCAAGGAUUCAUUUAGGUGAGAGCAGAAUUUAAAUAAUGAUUUCCAUUUUAAAAAAUUGUGGACUCUUUUGUGUUGGUAUAAACAGUUUCUGAAUAAUUUUUAUCAACUCUUCUUUUGCAGCAAGAGUUGCUCGGUCAGGGCUGUCAGUCUUAAAUGCAUUGGUAAGUUACCGAUUAAGCUGGUUACAAACAAACCACUGGAAUCAGUCCAUUUUUGAUUAGAGAAAUCUGUUGUCUAUUUGUACCUUUUUCCGUGAGGGGGCUGAAAGGGAAACACAUUAAAAUAUUUUCUCCUUCCCUAGAUUGUGGUCAGAGUUCAGCAGCCCCCAGUUCUCGUAUCGUUGGUGGCACUGAAGCGGUGAGAGGGGCUUGGCCAUGGCAGGUCAGUCUCCAAAUAUUUAGUCAGCACGUUUGUGGAGGCUCCAUCAUCAGCCCUCACUGGAUCCUCUCUGCUGCACACUGCUUUCAAGAGUGAGUCUCCACAACUUAGCGCCAGUCGCCUGUUUAUUUUCAAAUUUUGAUAUGCUGUCGGCAAAGACUAUGGGAUUUGAGUUCUCUGUGUUAUUUUUUCCCUCAUAGCUCAAACAACAAUCCCAGACAGUGGAGGGUGUACUCUGGUGAUGUCAGUCUGACGAGGCUGAGCUUUGGCACUGGCACGAGAGUUCGAAAAAUCAUCAACCAUGAAAAAUAUGACUCUGACACCAAUGACAAUGACAUCGCUCUGCUGAGGCUUGAUUCACCUCUGACAUUUUCAAGUAAGUUCUUGCAAGUCCAAACUCAUGACUAAUACCUUUUAAAGACAAUGUGAUCUCAAAGUUCAUGCCUGCAUUGAUACCUUAAAUGUACAUGUGUGACUCAGGCUCAGUGAAGCCAGUGUGUCUGCCCAGUGCUGGAGUGGAUCUCUCUCCAGAGCGUCAGGCCUGGGUUACAGGAUGGGGGGCCUUACGCUCAUCAGGUGAGCCAGUGAUUUGCAAUAUUUUUUUCAAAUUCAUUGACCAGGGUCUCUAUUGACUUUACCCACAGAAGAUACCACACCUUUAUUUGAGCCAGGCUUGUAUUAGAGGCGGUGUAUAUUUCUAACCGCUCUGUCAAAUAAAAACAGUCCAUAUUUUAGUUUUCCAUGUUUUCACUCCCAAAUUUUCAAACAUGGCUGUGACGAUUUAAACUACUGUGUGAUGAGUCUCAGUGUAUCACCAGUUUUUGGCAUGCAGAGCUCCAUGAUCCAACAGAAGUAAGACUGAAAAUUGUAGCGACUAAUUUCAACUGACCCAAAGUUUGCCCCAGUGAGUCUGUAAGGGGUGAGCUUUGGAGCUGGUUUGGACAUGUCUUUUUGUUUGACAUACACACCUUAUUACCCCGGUUACCAUUGUCUUUUGAUAUCAUGCUUGAGGUGAGAAAGUUAAAUAUUGUUAUGGUGCGUUACAUGUACCUCAAAGAAGAGAUGUUGGAGCUAGGUACAGCAUCACAUUCAAGUUGACUGCUUUCCAUUUACAUAUCAUAAAGGUAGCCAUUGAUGUUGUUUGCAUGGUUGGCUAAUAUAAGGUGAUAACAUACAAUGUGAGGGUGUAAUAGCAUGUCUACAGAUAGAACAUGCACGAUUGUUGUGGUUGAUUUUAUUGCAUUAAACAUGCCUGAAUAGCUGUUUAACACUAUUGAAGUUGCAUUUUUUAAUACUGUUGAUGCAGGGACAACAAUCUUGGAUUUUAAGCAAUGGAUACCUGAGGUUACGUACCUGAGAAUAAGCCUUAGUUUCAUUGCUUUUUUAUUUCUAACACUUAAAUUCCUGGAUCUUUUUAAAUGAAUUCUCCGUUUGUUGAUCCAAGAAAGGAGUGUUUAAACAUGAGUGAGAUUUCUCAUCCUGCUACAGGAUCAGGGCUUAUGAAAUAAGAGUACGACUGCUGGUGUAAUGGUUUACCGGGUGACUCUGUUUUAGAGGCAACUUUCAGUUAAAUGCUUAUAUAGUUGCCAUAGUGAUAUGCUGGAAGGCACUAGUUAGCAGGGUCACUAAUUCAACACAAACAUGCCUGUCCUUAGCAAUUCUUAAAGCUCCCUUCGAAGACGCCUUGUUUGUGUCGGUUGUGGCGCCCCCUGUGGACUGAAAGGUCUUGCUUACCUUGUCUUCUGCCUAAGUAUUUUUUGAUAAAGGAAUUAAUUCUGCUGACUUUUUACAGUCAAAUGUUUCAUUGAUAGUAAAUAUUUGACGUAACUGGGCAGUUUUGUUCUGAUACCUACACCCUCACACAGGUUUUUUGGGCAUUAAAAAUCACUAUAACUAAACUACUAUAAUCAAUAUAGAUAUGACUGUUCACGAGAAAGUGGCUGAUGUCAGCUGUAUUUUGUUGUUUUAACUUAAAAUAGGUUUUGAUCCCUCUCUGGGUUUAUCUGUGUCGCUGCUUAUCAAUUUGGAGUUGAGAGAUUAUCUAAAUUUGUCAGAUUAUUAAAGUUAUAUUAUGACUGAUGACCUGGAGCACAGUAAUGUUAUAUGACGAUGAUAUCAUUCAAUCAAUCAAUCAAAUUUUAUUUGUAUUGCACCAAUUCACAACAGUCGUCAUCCCAAGACGCUUUUCAAAGAACAAGAGCAGGUCUAGACCACGCUCAUUGUUUGAUGAUCAAGAACCAACCUAACCAUCUCAUCUAACAUGAGUAGCAGUGGCAAGAAAAAACUUCCUUUUAACAGGCAGAAACUGAUAUAUGAGUUUCCCACCCUGAGCAUGAUGACAGGAAGAUGGCAGCUGUGGAGAAAUGGACCGAGUAACUUAUGGGUUUAGUUAUUAAUGUCAGAUUGGCUGUUAUUAGAGGGAAUACUGUCUGUCAAACCUUUCAUGUGUGCUUAAAUUUGACAACAUAAACCAUAUCAACUGAGAGCCCAGCUUACAUAAUAUCAUCCUUCCCAUUGCUGCCUGUAGAGAAUUUAUUCAAGUCUUUAAGGGUCACUAAUUUUGAAGGAUAAAAGUAAGAGAAAAGUGUUUCUUGAUGCAUCACUGAGCUUACUCAUAUGACAGUCCAAUCAUUUAUGUUUCAGGACCAUCCCCUGACAAACUAAACCAGGCCCAGGUGACCAUUUACAGCAGAGAGACCUGUAACCAACCACGGAUUUUGGACGGAGCAAUCACUGAGACGAUGAUCUGUGCUGGAAAACUGGAGGGAGGAGUUGAUUCAUGUCAGGUCAGUCUGAUAUUAUUCUCUCUGUCUUUAAAACACAUACAGAUCACACCUUCACACUUUUGUAAGACAUUAUUCUCCUGUUUUCUACAGGGUGACAGCGGGGGACCCCUGGUGGUGAAGCAGGGAGGUCUAUGGUGGCUGGCAGGGGACACCAGCUGGGGGAUCGGAUGUGCUUUGAGGAAUAAGCCAGGAGUCUACGGCAAUGUUACCCACUUUAUAGACUGGGUUUAUACACAAAUGCAGGUACAGUAUUCAUGAAACAGAGACGUUUACUUUUUGGGCUGUAGGAACUUUUCUAUUGCUAAAGGAACUGUCAGUAGCUAACCUUUUCCCUUUUUAUUGAUUCCACACCAGGAACUGAGCUAUUUUAGUUCCUGGAAUUAUGUUCAGGGGAACCUUUUGAGCUCCUGCUUUAGAGUACAUACUCUGCCAGCACUAGGGGGGCGUUAAGGAACAAAAAUGUGCAAAGAGCAUUGUGAAUGGUCUAGAAGAUAGUGUAAGACGGUUGGUGGAACAAAGUGCCACCAACCACCAACCCUAAAUUCCACUGUGCACAUACAUCAGUCAGUAAAGUCUUUGUCAAUUAUUAAACACAGAAAAAAACACCAACAGUCAACUGGGCAUGACAUCCCCACUAACAACUCAUAAUAUUCAACAGCACAAACAUUAUCAAGGCCAUCUAAAUAUGUAAGCACAAGCAGAAUCAAUGAGGUCAGAGAUAAUGUCUGUCCAAGAGCAUUACAGCUUAUUAGACAGCCACACAAAUAAAAUCUGGAAGGAAACACUGCUGUUAUAGGUCAGGAAGUACAAGUCCUGUAUGUGAUCCGAUGUGAGUCUAACUGUUCGUUUUUUUUCCUCCAUAGAAUGAUUGACAGCUGUCCCAAGGAACAUGAAGGAGAAAAUGUCUUAUAAAUCAGCGUUUUUUUACUUUAUCAAAGACUUUGCACUUUAAAAUCUGAAGCUCUGAGGAAAGUAAAUGUUAAAAAAGGGUUUUUAAAAAAGGCAGAAAGAAUGUACAAAAACACUAGAUUUAUCUUCUAAUUAUUGUUGUUUGCAAGUAUGGUGAACAUUUUUUAACAAAUUAAGUCAUUUAUUUAUGAGGAGAUAAAAAAUGUUGCACAAAGAGAUUUCUUUGAAACACCUUCACCUUAAUUAUUCCUGGAAAAAAAGGACCAGGGAAGACAAUUAGACUCCUGAUGCAGCAUUUAUGGCACAUAUAUUGCACAAACACAUUUCCAGACCUUCCUUUUCAAGGUUUGACAACACAUAACUUCCUGCAUCCACCCAUCAACUUGACGACAACUGAUCAAACUCCACCAACUCCUGUGUGUCAUACUUAGAGCUUAAUGAUACUAAAAUGAAACUCUUGAUGUUUACUACCAUAACACUGGUUUGUAGGUCACCAUGGCUCUGAUAAGAAACAGUAGAACAUGUGAGUCAGAGCUAUCUGUGUCUGCACGUGAUGUGAGAUACAAGGAGGAAGGAGCUCACCUAUGAGAAAUGACCAUCUUUAAUAAUACAUAUAUGUUUUUUUGCGUUUGAGAAUAAAUUCCAUGUUAGAUGUGGGAAGUUAUGUCUCUCAUGCAUCUAUAAAGUCCUCUCUAGGGCUCAAAAUGAUAUGAAAUAUGAAUAGAGAUCUUUAGUAAUGAAUAGGAGCUUUUGGAGUUAUAGUCAGGCUUCUGCCUCAUGGAUCAUUUUAUCACCCUGAUUGUCAGAGAGGUUGGGUUUGGACAUGAAUGAUCUGGAGCUCACUUUUGUCCUGAUUACUUUAUGGGAAAUUCCACUGAACCAACCUUAUGAAGAUAAAGACCUGCAGAGACAGUGGAUGGGUAAAUUAUCUCCACAAGUGACAGCGAUUCAAAUUGGCAACACCAUUGCAGAAGUGAUGUUUUGAGACCAUCUUAAAAGUUAAAAAACUUUAUGCAUUUUUUCCUCUAAUUCAGUCUGAACCCGGUCUCUGUUAAAAUCAGUAUAAUUUGGAUCAAAUGGACCAGAGUGGUCUCAGUUGCCUGAUAUUAUACAGGUUUACAAACCGUCUUCCUUUCACAGCAGCCUGAUAAGAUUUGAACCCAUUCAAUAACCACCACCACCCCUCCCCCAUACCUCUCUCUCUUUUUAUAGAUAUAUAUAUUUUUUUUUUGCUGUGUUUGUUUUGCUAUCUCAUGGCACUUUAUUUCCUGAUUAUUUUGAAAACCCUCUGUGAAGUCAUCUUCAAAGAAGUGCAGUAUAAAUCAAGUUAAACUUUAACAGAUAUAAUGAUUUACGGGAUGUUUAUGAUCAGUUCUGAGUAACUGGUUUAAAACAAGGAAAUACUGUUUAUGUGGAUGUGAAGAAGCAGCAAUGAUUAUUCAGAAAUGAGCACGUUGAUGAUUUGCUGAAUCAGAUGAAGAUAGCUAUAUGUUUAACUUUGCCAUUUUUUUAAUGAGUGCUAUCUUCUUAGUUCAGCUAAGAAAUAAUGUAUAAUUGUUGUUUGAUAUUUAACAUUAAAGACUGUAAUGGAAUGAAUGGUUGUUGGUCUAUCAGCAAAGUGAUAGUGUUUGAUAUUCAGCUGUGACAAACAUGCAAUGUCAAAGGUAUACUGUAUAUACAUAUUGUGUUGCCAUUGUUGACAUUAUUUCAGUAGACAUCCAUAUCUCUUAUAUUCUAUUCAUUUUUCAUGUUCAUGCUACUGUACUAUUUUAUGAGCUGUGAUAAAACAAAACUACAAAAAGGUUUUAUAUAUACUGUAUGUAAACAUUUUUUUUUGUUUAUUUCACAAUGAGCAACUAACUGUCACACAAAAAAGCAAAGUUUAUCUGUGGUGCUCGGUUAAACGGAAUGAUUUCUUUAUUUAGAUGAUGAUUGAUGCAAAUUUUCAAAUACAAUCAAUAAAUAAACAAAAUUUAUUAUUAGC